AUGGGGAUCCGAGAGUUUCCCGGCGGCGCACCGAGGGGCAAAGGCAUCGCCAUUGGCAUGAGGAGGUCACCGGACGUCAGCCCCCGGAGACUGUCCGACAUCAGCCCCCAGCUCCGGCAGCUCAAAUACUUGGUGGUGGACGAGGCGAUUAAGGAGGAUCUGAAAUGGUCGCGCUCGGUGGAGGACCUCACCAGCGGGCCCGUGGGGCUCACGUCCAUCGAGGAGCGGAUCCUGCGCAUCACCGGCUACUACGGCUACCAGCCCUGGGCGACGAGCUACAAAAGGGAGGAGCGCCCCCGGGACUCCCCGGGCCCGGCGGAGGCCCAGGCGCCGGCGGGGACCGAGGCCGGUGGGAGACCGAGCCGCCGCUGCUGGAGGUGCUCCCGCGCGCAGCUCAAGAAGAUCUUCUGGGGCGUGGCGGUGGUGCUGUGCGUGUGCGCCUCCUGGGCAGGCGCCACGCAGCUCGCCAAGCUGACCUUCAGGAAGUUCGAUGCUCCCUUCACCCUGACGUGGUUUGCCACCAACUGGAACUUUUUAUUCUUCCCCUUGUACUACGCGGGGCACAUCUGCAAGUCAGCGGAGAAGCAGUCAGUGAAGCAGAGAUACAGGGAAUGCUGUCGAUUUUUUGGAGACAAUGGCUUGACUUUGAAGGUGUUUUUUACCAAGGCAGCACCCUUUGGUGUUCUUUGGACACUCACAAACUACCUGUACUUACAUGCAAUAAAGAAAAUAAACACUACGGAUGUCUCCGUAUUGUUCUGCUGCAACAAAGCUUUUGUGUUCUUGCUCUCAUGGAUCGUUCUCAGGGACAGGUUCAUGGGAGUGAGGAUCGUGGCUGCCAUCCUCGCCAUCGCUGGGAUCGUGAUGAUGACCUACGCGGAUGGCUUCCACAGCCACUCCGUCAUCGGCAUAGCCCUAGUGGUGGGCUCGGCAUCCAUGUCCGCUCUCUACAAGGUCCUGUUCAAGCUCCUCCUGGGCAGUGCCAAGUUUGGAGAAGCCGCCUUAUUUCUUUCCAUUCUGGGUGUGUUUAACAUCCUCUUCAUCACCUGUAUUCCUGUCAUCCUCUACUUUACCAAAGUGGAAUACUGGAGCUCUUUUGAUGACAUUCCAUGGGGAAACCUUUGUGGAUUUUCAGUCCUCUUAUUGACAUUCAAUAUUGUAUUAAACUUUGGAAUUGCUGUUACAUAUCCUACUCUGAUGUCUCUUGGAAUCGUCCUCAGCGUACCUGUGAAUGCAGUGGUUGACCACUACACCAGUAAGAUCGUUUUCAACGGCGUCCGGGUAAUUGCCAUCAUCAUCAUCGGCCUGGGCUUCCUCCUCCUCCUCCUGCCUGAGGAGUGGGACGUCUGGUUGAUUAAGCUGCUCACUCGCCUCAAAGUGAGGAAGAAGGAGGAGGCGGCUGACGGUGGAGCGGACCUGGGCUUGGGGCUUCAGAGCAAGAGCAGAAGGACCCGGCCCUCCUUCGCCCGCUGACCAUCUGCCCUGAGACUCUGCGGCGACCGCUCACGAGGGGGAUUCGGAAUCUCUUCCUGACAGGGGGAACCUCAGCUUGGUGAGGUGUACAUACCUGUACAGUUUUGGUAAUCUGCAGUAAGUUAUAUGGUAUUUAUUGGCAUGUCCAACUUGCUUGCACUUUUUUCACAUCAGAUCUUUCACUUAAGGGUACCAAUUCAAUACGGGAGAGAAAAGAAGAACCUCUCCGCUCUUUUUACAUGAAUGUAAAGCAGCUUAAAAUGAUCCUUGCCUAGAUUGCUUGGGAUGACAGGUGUUCUCGACAUGGCAGGGCAGAUGUUUCAAAUCUUUGCAACUGAAAAUUACAUUGCACACUGUGAUUAUUUCUCAGCGAUGGUAGGUCAUAUUUUGUUUUAUACCAGAGCUGCACUCUUAAUUUUAAGGGAUUUCAAUGAACCAAAAGAUCACUCUGAGUUAACUGGGACAAAUGGAUUUCUGGAUGGGUGGGUAGAUGGGAUGUGAAAAGCUGGAGCAGAAAAGGAAAAUGGACUUGGAAAACCAUCGACUGUGGCUAACCUGGGGGUGAUGAUUAGAGGACAGACUGAGCUGGGUAACAGAAAGGGGAAGUUAAGUCUUAGCCCCAGCUGGCUUGCCCUCACAUGUCUGUGUAAGAUCAUGCAAGAGAAAUUACAGUGCCUUCUACAGAAUUUUUGUCUUUACCUAUGUGAAGCGAGGUGACAUUAUAAGUCACUGGCGCCGUCUUAUCAUUUAGAUGUAGAAAUCUUUAGAAACAAACAAAAUACUAUAUAUGUGUGUGUAUGUACAAAAAUGGCAAAGCUGAUGACCAGUGUCAUAGAACACAGGUCACGGUGUGCAUAUGAGGCAGAGUCCGCAGAAGAUGAAUCGCUGGUUGCUUUUACUUCCUGACUAAGAUGGAAAAAUUAUUUACUGAAUCUGCAAACCUUUUUAUGAAACUUUUAAGCACCAGGCUGUUUACUUCCACAUUAUAGGUCUGCCAGAAAAUUCUAUCUGUGAUAGAUCUGUAAAGAGGGAUGAGGGGGUUAGAGUUUACUAUUUUUGAAGUUUACAUUGUUACAUAUCGAAACGGAAACCUUAUUUUGAAAUGUUGUCAUAACCCAAUGGUGCACUCUGUAACCAUGGAGUCUUUUGUUUCCUAGGGGAAAGGGGUACUCAUGACCUGAACUUUUUAGCAAAUUAUUAUUCUCAGUUUCCAUUACCUGUUUGGCCAAACAGAUGAAUAAACUAUUUAAAAAAGAAGCAUUUUGUGCUGUCUUGGCAGCAA